AUAUAUAUAUAACUAUUAGUUACUUCUAGUAUGAUAUACAUUUAUAAGUAUAUGUAUGACGCUUAAUAGAAAGCUGUAAUCAAAAUAUCAAUGUCAAAAUUAAAAUAUAUUAUAUCAACAUAAUGACAGCGAAUUAUUAUUUUGCAAUUGUCGGACAUACUGACAAUCCUUUAUUUGAAAUUGAAUUCAAUAAUUCUGGGAAAGAUACGAAGAAAGAAGAUUAUACACAUUUAAAUCAAUUUAUUGCACAUGCUGCUCUAGAUCUUGUAGAUGAACAUACUUGGAAAACUACAAAUAUGUAUUUAAAAGUUGUAGAUAAAUUUAAUCAGUGGUUUGUAAGUGCUUUUGUUACUGCAACUCAUAUACGAUUUGUUAUGGUACAUGAUAGUAAAAAUGAAGAUGGUAUAAAAAAUUUUUUUAAUGAAAUGUAUGAAAUGUAUAUAAAGUAUUCUAUGAAUCCAUUUUAAUUAAACACACCUAUUAAAUCUAUUGGUUUUGAGAAAAAGGCACAAUUAUAUGGCAGAAAAUAUUUAUCAUCCUAAGUAUUUAUUAUUAUAUUUUAUUUUUAAAGUUCAUAUAAUAACAAAUCUAAUAUUAUCAUUUAGAAAUUUGAUGUUUGUAUGUUUGUAGUAUGUAUUACUUAUAUACAUUAUUUGUAUUCUUAAUAUUAAAUAUGUACACAUAUAAAGCAACUUUAAAUAUAAAAAUUUAUCAUUUAAAAAAUUUAUAUAAUAUCAAAGUAAAACUAGAAAAUAUAAUAAAACAUCACUAAAAAUAUUGAAAUAAUUUUUAACAUAUAUAAAUUUUAUAUAAAUGAUUAAAAUUGUAAAUAAAAAACAAUGUAAUUAAUUAUACAAAAAGAAUAUUGUAUCAUAAUAAAUAAUAUAGAAAUUGAGAAAAUAAAAUUGUCCUUUAUAAUCAAAA